UGGAAUGAACUAAAAAGUUGCAGAUGGUUGGAGUCAAUUUCAGUCGCCCAUCCUGCAAAUGUUUAUUUUUGCUUUGAAAAUAUAAAGCGACGAAAUCUAAUAUCCUGUGGCUAGAAAUAUGAACUCGACAUCAGUAUGUCAAACUUCCUUGACAAUCAAACAUGCAAGGAAAAGCUGAAGUGAUCGAGGAAAUUUCUGGAUGAAAAAUUUUCUUGUUUUCUCAGAGCUGUGCGGAUAAUGUAAAAUUGUCGGUAAUUACGUUUAUUCUGUAGGUAAGGGAGAAAAAAAUUGAGUAGUGGGAUAUGAAAUAUUGAUUAAAUUGUUGACGAGAACUAUUACACCUGUUGUAAGCAAGUCUCUGAAAAGUUCCUCUUCAACCAAUUGCAUCUUACAUCCCGGUGACCAACCAAUCACAUUGUAGUGUCAUGCCACGGUCGAGCGCACCCACUCAUGCCAAUUAAAAACAAAAAAAUGGCUGUCGGAUGUUAUGCACGGUGCUGAAGUUAUCUUCACAUAUUCCUUAGUUUUUUUUAUCCGUGGUUUGGAUCGGUGCUGUUGGGAGAUUUUCAGAUGGAUGAUUAAGUAGGAGAUAUGUCCGGUGGUGGUGCUAAAAACCCUUCCACUCGCCUGCUACCGCCGAUAAAGAACCCUCUCUUCAAUCCGAAUGAAGAUCAGGAGGAAGUGCGAGUCACAACUGUCAACAGUCAUCCAGAACGGCCGCGUCCCGGGAGAAGAUUAGGUGGUUUGGCAAAUCUUUUUACUUCACGGCAUCGAAAUUCCGGCUCUCCAAGCUCGACGCGCGAAGAAAUCGAAGGAGGUAGCGAGAAUGUCGGCGACAUGGGAGAGAGUUCAAACAAGCUCUCUCCGUCGCUGUCUCCACGCAGCGAUAGGCCUGUUUUGAACAACUUAAAGAGACCUACGAAAGGGACAACCGUGACAACAGAGGCUACAAACUUGGAUACGGGGUCAGGGAAUGUGAAAACCUUGAACUCAAGGGUACCAAAUUCAUCACGCUUCGCUCGUAACCUCAGCAACACAAAUGCAAUGGAAGCUAGUAACCGUGCGAAUAAUUCUACUGGGGACGUGCUUUCUGAUAACGAGGAAAGCAAACGAGUCUCUUCUUCAAGGCAAACUUCAAGACCUGCGAUAUCUGACAAGAAAAGGACGGCUCUUUUGCAUCGAGGUAAAGAGAAACGAAGCUUGCUGUUAAAACAAGAUCCUGAAGAUGGCGAAUGCAAACUUCUGUCAGUAUCGAAAUCGCAACAUCAACGGCUUGAAGCGACUUCGUCGGACAGUGAAGUGGUUGUUCGUCGUAGCAGUCGUUCAAGAAAUGAGCCGGAGAAAGAGCCGCAGAAGAAGAUACGAUACGACAACGCGCUGUCGCUAAGAAAUGACAUGAGGACAGCUUUGGCUACAGGAGACUAUCAAACUCUUCUUCAAUUUUUGACAACAACAUUUGAUUCUUUUUCUGAGAUGACGGCUGUAUUCAUGAGAAAAGAUGACUAUAACGCUGAUGAAUUUGGUGAAAGUGGUAUUGAUCAUGACUUUGUCAGAAUAACAUAUGAAACUGUCCUUACUCUGCCUCAAGAUGUGCACAAGAAUGUUCUCAAGUCUGUGGUAAAUAGCCUGUUGCAAGACAUCAAAAGACAAAGAACAAAAGAUGAUCUUAGAGCAUACACAAUCCUUUUACAGAAUCCUCAGUUCAACAAAUCCUCAACUUACGUAAUCUUUGCUCAUCUUCUACGACAAGUGUCUUCUCUAACAGNAGAAAUUACGUACGCAAUAUAUUAGGGACUUUCCAAGAGACCAUUGUACAAGGAAUUUGUCAAAAGAAAACUCAACAAUUUUAUUAGUGUUCGUCUGUUUCCAACGAAAAGCAAUGAACUGCCUCCAGAUGAGAAAUGUACUUGGUGGAUUCCGUCUGCCGUAAAAGUUCUAGCACUCUUAAAUGCAUCCAAUUGGCUGUUUACUCCUCCUCUUGUGAAUCACAGCUAUUUCUAUAAUCAAUCCCUUGACCACAUUGAUCUCAUGAAUGAAUACUACUCAUGGCAAAAUCCUGGAGCCAAUCCUGGAUGGAAGUUGUUGAUAACUGUCAUUCCUAUUCUUGUUUCUUAUGAGCAGAAAAGUCUGGUAGCAAAAGUUCAAAGGAGAGAAAUGCCAGACAUGGGAAUGCUCUUUCUCAACAUCAAAGUGCGCCGGUCUCACUUGAUUUCUGAUUCACUGAAUGAGAUUUCUCGCAAGCAAAGAGACUUGAAGAAGAAGCUAAAAGUGACAUUUGCAGGUGAACCAGGACUGGACAUGGGUGGGCUAACAAAGGAGUGGUUCCUUCUGCUGAUUAGAAGAAUCUUUAGACCAGAGUAUGGUAUGUUCACUUAUAAUGAGAAGUCAAGAACAUACUGGUUUAGUAAAACAUGUAUGGACAAUGACUCUGAAUUCAACUUAGUUGGUGUUCUAAUGGGCUUGGCAGUUUAUAACAGCAUCAUUUUGGACAUUAGAUUUCCUCCUUGUUGUUACAAGAAGCUCUUGAACCCAGCUGUUGUUCCUUUUCAUAAUCCUAAUGCUUCAGUUGGUCUUGCACAACUAGGACUUCAAGACCUGAUGGAUACCAUGCCAGAUCUUGGGCGAGGCCUCAAGGAGCUCCUGGAAUAUGAGGGAGAUGUAGAAGAAGAUCUUUGCCAAACUUUCCAGAUUUCUUUCACUGUGUUUGGUGAAGUUGUCACCCACAACCUCAAGCCCAAGGGUGACAAGAUUCCGGUCACAAAGGAAAACAGACAAGAAUACGUGAAUCUUUACGUGGAUUAUCUGCUGAACAAGUCCAUAUACCAACAGUUCGCUUCGUUUUAUCAUGGUUUCCACAGUGUGUGUGCCUCCAAUGCCCUCAUCAUGUUACGUCCUGAAGAAGUAGAAAUGUUAGUCUGUGGGAACCCUGAGCUUGAUAUGGAUGCACUGAGAAAAGUGACAGUUUAUGAUGGCUACACGAAGAACGAUCCUGUCAUCAGGUACUUCUGGGAUGUGGUUCUGUCGUUUUCUCUGGAACUGAAGAAAAAGCUGCUUCUGUUUGCGACGGGUAGUGACCGUGUUCCGAUCGGUGGCAUGGGUGAGAUGGAAUUCAAGAUAAUCCGCAUGGAAGUGGCUCACAGUACUAGCAUGUUGCCAAUGUCUCACACAUGCUUCAACCAGCUUUGUCUUCCUCCGUACAAGAACCGAAAAGUUCUGAAACAAAAGCUCACUAUUGCAAUUUCCAACGCCGAGGGCUUUGGAAUCGAAUAGCCAAACGAAGAAACGACUAUUUGUCAGUUCGUCCUUACUCAGUGGUUUCUUAGUCCUACAAAGCAUGUCUCUCGCGGGAAGUCCUUGUUGAGAGGCCAUGCUGUUCUGUGUAUGUGUGACGUGAACGCAUGCGUGGAAACAGCUAGUAGAUUUCGACAUGACAUUUACAAUUUUCGUUUUCCAAUGCCGUCCUACAACACGAAGUAUUUAGCUAAAAUACUAAAGGUUACUUAAACCUUAAGAACGUUUUUGAAAUUUGUGAAAAAUGUUGCAAUGUUUGCCAUUGCAUGAAAUAUUAGGUAAUGUUCUGUAAGGAGCAAACGGUUGGAACAUCACUAAGAUUGUUGAUUUUGAUUGCCAAGUCUCCCAAUAAAACACUAUCGCAGAGUUUUUUUUACAAUUAAGAUGGUUCAUCUCCUUACAUUGAGCAAUAAGUUUUGUCAGACAAGUAGAACGUGCAACACUUCAGCCAACCCAACCAUCUGUUAAUGAUUGAUUCCAGUAGAACUCGGCAUAAAAGUUAUCAACCGUUUGAACAGAAAAAGAUUUGGAAAUGUUCCAUUGAGGAUGUUCAAAACUUUUUAGAGCAAGUAAAACACGACCUCAGUUAGGAUAGGUUUUGUCUAUGACGAAUUUGUUUUGAAAUUGUACAGUUAUAAUAGUUGUAAAGUGUACAUACUGUGUCUUCGAUUGUAGAUAGUGGUUCUUCUCCGAGCAAUUUAUUUGGUGUAAACGAUGUAAUGGAUUUUGUGACGAUUUUCGGUUGAUAAGGGUUCACUGUCAAUCUGGUCAUGCUUUUGUAGGGAAAAUAAAUAACAUCCAAGAUCUGUCAGACGGUUACAAGGAAUUCUUUCCAAAUAACAAUGCUUAGUUUGCUCUGAGACACGCCUGCAAAGAAUCACGGUAGUUGCAUUCAGUUUUGUCAAGUGUUGUUAACUACCUUGAACCCAACGAAUCUCAGAGUGACCUAAGGAUUGGAAAGUAUAAAUAAAGUUCACUUGGUCUUUGA